GCAUACAACGUUGACAACAUUGAAACGGGUAGGGGGGGAACGCAGACAGGGAGGUAUUAGAAAAUACUCGGAGGUGCACCCAAUACCUAAACGGACAACCGCGUGCUUGUGUUUGUCAGUGUCAGCAUCCCUUUGCACCUCGUCGACUUCACAAUUGUAUCUGUCAUGUCGCUGUCUGGGUCUCAGUCACCAGAGGAUGCCUUGAACGGCUCGUGGGUGGAGCUGGAGAGUCUGGUAGCAGCUGCAGCACAGAGGGAAAGCCUGACAGGACCACAGGACACUACCUCUUCUUUCCUGCAGGGGGAGCUGGAGAGGAUCCUGCUGGAGGCACAGCUGGAGAGUGAGAGGAGUAGUCACACUGACAGUCCUCCGCAGGUGGUGACUCCGCGAACUUCAGGCUCCCCUCGCCCAGUUAGUGAGGGCGGAAGCAGCAGCACAGAUUGCAUCACCAUACAGUCUGACGACAGCGAGAAGCGGCGGGUGAGCGCCGAGUGGGUGUGGGACUGGUCCAGUCGACCCGAGAACCUGCCGCCCAAGGAGUUUGUGUUUCAGCACCCCAAGCAGUCGGGCACGCUGAGCGUGAGGAAGAGUGAGGUGAUGAAGAGCGGGAUCUUCUCCUCUGACAUGCUCCUGCUGAUCCUGCCCUCUCUGCUGGCCUCGCACGCGCUCACACUGGGACUGGGGAUCUACAUAGGAAAACGCUUGGCUUCCUCCUCCACCAGCACGUUGUGAAGUCCCCCACCCCCCGCAUGUGGCAGUCCUCCCUCUCACCGAGACGUACUGCCAAUAGCAUCGUAGCCCAACUCCACAUCCGCAUCCUGUUGCCCCCUUCUUAAAGGUUCAAGUAAUCGGGGCAAACCCAAGAGUCCGGCCAUUCCCUCCCCGCCGAUGUCUCUCUUUGCUCGUCUUUGAGCCGACCAUGAGAAUAUCUGCAGUCUGUCUGCCCGUCCGGCUGGCUGUAUCCUAGGAAACCCCUGUUGUCCGUCACUCGGAGUAGGAGACCCCUUGUGUACAUCACGCUGAAUGUAAAAGGUGUAUGUGUUUGUGUGCCGUAGUUCAGUAUGGUCUCCCUUAGCCCGAUAUAGACGAGUUGAUCCUCUAGGGUGAGAGUAUGAGGGGUGCCUCUGCAUUCAGUAGAGUCAAUCAAGCCAACCAAUCAGUACAUAAGAGGAGGAGGAGGGAUAGGAAGAAGAGAGAGAGAGAGAGAGAGAGAGAGAGAGAGAGAGAGAGAGAGAGAGGGAGCAAAACAAAGACGGACAGAAUUAGUGGUAAUUCCUUAGACUCGUUCCCUGCCCAACUUCAAAAUAAGUAUAAGUGUCAGCUUGGGACAGAUGUGGCCCCUUUCCUUUCCUGCAGGCAGACACAAAUCCAGCGCCUCCAAAAUCACUCUUCAAGAGAGGGAGGGGGAGUGGGGGAGCAAGAGGAGGAGGAGGAGGAGUGGGGGAGCAAGAGGAGGAGGAGGGGGGAGCAAGAGGAGGAGGAGGGGGGGAAGUGGCGAUUGCAGUGGGAUUGUGGGAUAGCAGCAGGAUAUUGACAACAACAGGCUUAGUGUGAGGAAAUAACUGAAGCCUCAUUCUGACGGGUGGAGCAUGAUAGGGUUGUAUCUGGGUGUCAGCUGUGGCCUGUCCUGAGUGUGUGUGUGGUUGUGUGUGUGUGCGUUUGUGUGUGUGUGUGUGUGUUAGUGUGUGUUUGUGUGUGUCUGUGUGUUAGUGUGUGAGAGAGUGGCUGCAGAGGUCUUCUCACCAAUGUUAAAAGUGACCACAUUAAAUUGAUCACUCCUCA